AGUAUUAAACUGAAGUUGCCGUCGAGCGGUCGUGGUGCGCGGUAGUGUUUGCAAUUUGGGAGUUGCCUGCUAUUGCGGUGGUUGUUGUGCCGAAGCGUGUGAAAAUAUGCCAGAAUAAAAAAAACAUAUGCGUGUUCAAAUACAAAAAGAAAACAAACUAAGAAUUGAUUUGUAUGCUUAAUGCAUAAAAAGUGUGUAAAUUAUUUAUAAGUUAAAGCUAUAAAGUUUCGUCAUAAAUUUCAAAUAUUGACAACAACAAAAAGAAAACAAAUUACCAAUAGAGAAAAAUGGCCAGCAAAUGUACAAUUGCGUUUGAGAAUAAUCCUUUAGGAGUUUACUACGCUGGCCAAGUAGUGACUGGAACAGCUGAGCUCGUCACAACAAGGCCAAAGACAAUACGAUCUAUUUUUAUCAGCGUUAGUGGCUUCGCUGAAGUGCGCUGGAGUGAAAAUGUUGAAAAACAGAAUUCGGAAGGUAAGCCAGAAACUGUACCAGAGACCUUCUCCAGUCAUGAAAUGUACUAUAGUUCGGAAAAUAGCGUUUACGGGCAAAGCGGUGGGGCACAACUUGAACUACCGGCCGGAAAGUAUAUAUUCCCUUUUCAGGCUACCAUACCACCGAAUGCACCUACUUCCUUUAAUGGCAGUUCUGGGCAAAUACAGCACGAAGUUACGCUAACCAUCGAUAGAUCAAUGCGCUAUGAUAAUACCUUUAAACAAGCGUACACAGUCAUUUCACCUUAUGAUUUAAAUCUAAAUCCAAAUAAUUCGCAACCUUUGCAUAAAAUUGAAGAGAAGACUUUUUGUUGGGGUUUGUGUUGUGGUACCAAAGGACCAAUGGUUAUGACAGUUAACGUACCAUACAGUGCUUAUGCGCCUGGACAAAAAAUACGUUUUAAUAUCGUUUUGGACAAUCAAUCCGAUGUUAACUGUAGUGAUGUCAAAGUACGUUUAAUGAAAAAAGUCGUGUAUACCAGUCGCACACCUGAAGUAAAAACUCAGGAGACCGAAAUUAAAGUGGCCGACAAUCACUGCGGUGAGGUAGUUAAGCUCAAUAAGGCCGAAUUCAAUGAAUUUUUGCAGAUACCCGCUACAACUCCCACCUCUCUGGAGAGUUGUACUAUUAUUAAAGUUAGCUAUACUCUUAAAUUUAUAGCAAAAGUAUUUCGAUUGUUAGGUGAUUUGGUAAUUGAAUUCCCACUUGCAAUUGGCACUGUACCACUGUACGCUAGCACAGUCGAACCAGGGCCGAUAACUGCGCAACCCAGUGCUGGACCUGUCUAUAAACCACUGCCACCACCAACCUUUGAAGAAGAUGUGCGUAGUGAGCAAUUCGAGAGCAAUACAUAUAAGCCAAGAUAUCCAGUAUUCUUAGCGGAUGGCAAUCUUACAAAUGGAAGUCACAGUACUACAAAUCCGCAGCAAAGCAAUAAUCUUUAUCCCAUUCCUCCAAUAUCAACUCAUCCACCACAUGUUAAUCCAAUUCCAAAACCAGUUGCAAUGCCAAAUCCUAUGCCUGUGCCAGCACCAGCUAUUACUACAGCACCAUCACCAGCACGUGCCACUGCUCCUGCUUCAGUGCCUCCUGUUGCAACUAAGGCUAGAUCUGAAGAAGAUCCCCUUGAAGUACUUGGGUUUAGUAUACCACCAGAUUACAAGCCAACACCAAGCGCACCACCAUCUAACGACAAUAGUAACGUUGGUUGGAAAUAAAAACCUUUGAUCCUUUAAUGUUAUUGAUAUAAGAAAAUGCUUUUUAUAUAUGUAUGUAUAUGGAUGUAUUAUAAAAAAAAAAUUGCAUGUUUAUGUAUUUCUCUCUCAAUGGCUUCCAAACUUUUCGCACUGCUAUCUUUUUUGUGUGAUCACAGGGUACAGUUUGAAAGUCACGGUACAUAAAAAUUUAAAACGGUACAUAUAUUUAAAUAUUUUUGUAGGUGCUACUAACCAAUAAUAUGCCUCAAAUAUUUAAAAAUAAAAUUGUUAAUUUUGUACUAUAAUUUUUGCAUACA